UCUAUCUUUGAACAGUUUACAAGACCUAUUUCAGAAACCGGAACUAUUUUUGGAUGGGAAAUAAGAAUUCUGAAAGCCAAUCUAAAAUGAGAGGUCAUUGAGAGGUCACAGAACACAAAAAUGAAAAGAGAAUCUGGAAGUUCUGGCUUUAUUUGAUGCCUUAUCAGUUACCGCGUGUUAUUUACUGAUGUCAGUGGGAGGAAGGUUAGUAGAGGGAGUUCUGCCAAGUUCUCAUUUGUUGUCCACACCGAGCACGGAAAACGCCGCGGUUUGUUUUACUGUUCAAUCCUCGUAAUUAAAUGUAAGUCACUAUGAGGAUGCAGAUCAGCUCUCAUCCACAUGCGUAUGUAAUGUAUGAGUUUCCCCUAACUCACAAAACAAAUCCCAAAGACGAUCAGCUGUUUAGGGGCGUAAUCUGACAUUGAAAUAAAAGCAAGCGUCUGUGCUGAGCAGCAGCAGUAGCUUGCGGCCCCUGGUCCCGCUCUGGCACUGCAGCGCGAAGCCCCCGUUGGGGCGGGCAGCGGCUGAGCCGGGCUUCGCUCCGAUGUCCGCAGCGGCCCCGGACCCCGCUUUUCGCAGCACCCGUCUCCCGCUGCCGCCGGCACCGAGCGCUCCGUCCCGGGGGAAGGUGCGUGCGGCGCCGCCGGGCCCGGCGGGGGGAAGCGGCGGCUGCGCCCCCCGAUCCCGGGUUCGCUGAGGGGCGGCCCCGCGUGUCGGCGGCGGGCGGUGCCAAGUGGCCGAGGGGCGCCAACGGCCGCUCUGCGGGCGCAGCGCGCUGAGGGAGGCGGCGCCAUCUUGGGGGUGUGCGGGCUGAGGGGACCGGGGCUGGUGUCCGGCUUGAGGGUCAGCGGCAUCAGCUGCUGGGGCUCUGCGGGGUGUGCGGAGGGGUGUGCGCUGAGGGGUGAGGAGGUUUAGGGGAGCGAGGCUGGGUUGGGGUGUAGCCUGGGGACACGAGCACUCACCUUCUGUCCCUCACGCCUGACGCCUGGGUCACCUCAGCUCUGCUGCACCACGCGUGCUGUCCAGAAAUGCCCAUCAGAGGAUGAGUCGAAGCGAAACAUGCUGUGGGAAUCCAGGGUCACAAUUAAGGAUGUCUGGAAGUACUUACCUGAAUGGAAAAUGUGAGAGGUUCUGUUAAGUUUCAGAAAAUAUCUGAAGACUACAGAUACUUACUUUGGAGGGCUUCUGCGGGACAUUUUCAAGAACCAUGAAGAAAUGGCUACCUGCAAUUAUUUAAUGACCCGGAAUGAAAACUGGGAAGAACUUGCUUCUAGUUGAAUCUCUGAAAAUGGGUAGCACUGCUGUUGUUGUUUAUCUUGUUUUGCAAUUAGUACAAGAGACAAAAGCAUCUGUUGUGAACUGCAUUCCCAGAAAAACAAUAAAAUACCAAACUGGAAGUAUAAACACUUUUAUGAAAGAAGGAUUAUCCAGUGUUUCCACACUCCUUGUGAAUGAAGAAACCAAUACCUUAUUUGUUGGAGGCAGAGAUGCAGUAUUUGCUCUUGACUUGAAUAAUAUUUCUAGAGAAAUAGCCAGGGAAUACUGGUUUGCUACAGAGGAAAGGCAGCUGGAAUGUAUUCGUAGAGGAAAGGACAAGAUAAGAUGCCAGAACUACAUUCUCUGCCUCCAUAAGAUAAAUGACUCUAACUUAUAUGUUUGUGGAACCAACGCGUAUCACCCAACUUGUGAUCAUAUGGUUAUCCAUGGGAGAAGCAUACGCUUGCAAGGAAGAGCUGAAGAGAGCAGAGGAAGGUGUCCGUUUGAACCAGCUCUAAAGCAUGCAUCUGUUUUUGUAGAUGGGGAAUUUUAUUCAGCUACUUCAAAUAAUUUCUUGGGAACAGAACCUAUAAUAUUGCGCAGCAUGAGAAACCCUGUAAGAACCGAGUUUAAAACAUCCUGGCUAAACGAACCAAGCUUUGUCAACAUGGAAAUAGUGCAUGAAAGUGAAUCUAAUCCAAAUGGAGAUGAUGAUAAAAUUUAUGUGUUCUUCACUGAAACAGCUGUUGAAUUUGAAUUCUAUGACAAGCUUCUGGUGUCCAGAAUUGCCCGUAUCUGCAGAGGUGAUCUUGGUGGAAAACGCAUAUUGCAGAGAAGAUGGACAUCAUUUUUAAAGUCCCGCCUUUCCUGUUCCAUUCCAGAAUUAAACUUCCAUUUCAAUAUUGUCCAGGACGUCUUUUUACUUAGGAGAAGAAAGUGGCAGGACAGCAUAUUUUAUGGAAUUUUUUCCCAACAAUGGGGAAGAUUAGACAUAUCAGCUGUUUGUGCAUACAGUAUGAAAAAUAUUCAGGAAGUCUUCUCCAAAGGAAGCUACAAAGGACCGGUAGCUGUAGAACAUUCCCCUGUUAAGUGGAUGGUGUAUAGGGGAGAAGUGCCAGUUCCACGUCCUGGUGCUUGCAUUGAUAAUUUUGCCCGGAGUAUUGGAUAUAAUACUUCUUCUGACUUGCCUGACAAAGUUUUGCAGUUUGUUAGAGAUCACCCUCUAAUGGAUAAUUCUGUAAAUCCAAUUGGUAAUAGACCGGUGCUACUGAAGAGAGGUUCAAACUAUACCAGGAUUGUAGUAGACAGAGUCACUGGCCUAGAUAAACAAACAUAUGAUGUUAUGUUUCUAGGAACAGAUGAUGGAUAUUUGCAUAAAGCUUUCAAUUGUGAUGGGGAAAUGUUCAUUGUGGAAGAGCUACAGCUGUUUCUGUCUCCGGAGCCUGUACAAUCUCUCCAGCUGUCUUCUGAAAAGGGAAUGCUCUAUGUUGGGUCCCUGUCUCAAGUGGUGCAGCUCCCAGUUUCUGUGUGCCACCGAUACAAGUACUGCUCGGAUUGCAUCUUGGCAAGGGAUCCUUACUGCGCGUGGUCUCAGGCUGCCAACAAAUGUGUCCUACUGGCGAAUCAAACUGGUCACAUGAAGAAUUUAAGUCAAAGUGUGAAAUACGGGGAUGCUUCCAGCUGCCUUAGUGUAGAAAAUAGUGUGAGAAAAUGUCUCUUUACUCUUGGAAACAAUGUUCAUCUUAAAUGUGUCCCUCUGUCAAAUCUGGCAAGCAUAGUGUGGAAGUUUAAUGGGAGGAGACUUCAGGCCGAGGAUGCUAAAUACCAACUCUAUGAUGGAGGAAUAGCAAUAUUUAACGUGACAAUGGAUACAGCUGGAUUCUAUGAUUGUUUCUCGGUAGAGAAAUCCAAAGGGAAGGAAUUCCUUACCACUGUGGCCCGCUAUGCCCUUUAUGCCCAAGAAAAGACAGAGGAAGCAAAUGUUAUCACCUCAGAAAAUAAGCAUAACAAAGCAGGAGCUGAGGGGUUUCAGUCUUCAGUACCACCUUCUUUAUUGAAUGAGGCAGCAAACCAGAAAUUUCUGGACAGCCAAAGUGAGAAGCUUGUUUUAAAACUCUUGGUGGCUGGGUUUGCUCUUCUUUUCUUUUCCUUGUUGUUUUGGAACUUCUACAAGGGUCAUUUAUCGCUGCCUUGGAAGAGCAGAGAAACCAGCUCAAAAACAGCUGGUACAGCUGGCUUGGGAAGUUCAGCACUGGCUACAGAGGGGUCAGGCACUGCAAGGAAGAGUUCAUCCACCCAAACAAAUGUAUCUGUUGUUAAUGAACGAUGCUUGUGAGCUUUUCUUGAGGAGUGAAGCACCUGUGCUCAGCACAGGGCAAGUUUCACGAAGAGCUCUGGGAGCUUGCAGCUCACAGAGCUGUUUGGUUAAGAUGACAUAAUGUUUCCUGUUAAGGAAUGUGGAAUGUAAAUUUGGGUAGGAGUCAGAAACUCUGAAUUGAAGAUGACAAGCUGCAUUGUGUAUUAAAUAGAUAUGUUACCAGUUUCUACUUUUAAAAGCAAAAUUCCUUGUUUGGGUACCUUUUUUGACAUGAUAGAA